AUGGACGGAGCCAAAUACAGGGACAUCUUGGAAGAAAUCCUGUCGGAGUCUGUAAAAGACAUGAGACUGGGGCGGAGGUUCGCCUUCCAGCAGGACAACGACCGGCUGUCUUUUAACACAGUGAUCCAGCACAGAGUGUUAAAUCACUGGCCCCCUGCUCUCAUUAUACUCUGCCUAAUCCAAAACGAUGUUUACUCAGAGAGAGAGAGAGAGAGAGAGGCAGAGACGGGGCCACGCUUAUCGAAGCCCUGCACAGUCUUCGGAGCGUGCGCGCGAGUGCCUGUUUGUGGGCGUGUGUGGGUGCGCGGAGGUGUGUGGCCCUCUGAGGAGGUGAUGGCACAUUACUGUCUGCAGAAACGACACAUUUUCAAGGGUGCAGUGUGUGAGUUAGGAGGAGGUAUGACUUGUCUUGGUGGGCUCAUGGUUGCCAUUUCUGCUGACGUGAAGGAAGUUCUGCUAUCAGAUGGGAAUGAGAAGUCCAUUCAGAAUGUUCGGGGAGUGGUAGAGAGAAACAGGCAGGCUGGAAAGUUUGGGUCGACACACGUUUCUUCAAGGGUGCUUAGGUGGGACUGUGAGGUGGACAUUUCAGCGCUGGAAGGUCACUUUGAUACCAUCAUGUGUGCAGACUGUUUGUUUCUCGACCAGUACAGAGCCUGCCUGGUUGAUGCCAUAAGGAGAUUACUGCGACCCGACGGCAUGGCUUUGGUGUUUGCUCCUGAAAGAGGUGAAACUCUAACACUGUUUUGUCAGCUGGCCCAGCAGGCCGGACUCUGUGUCUCUCAACACCAGCAGUACGAUGCUCAGGUCUGGGAUGUUCACUUAAAGAUGCGGAGAGAGGGAAAGCAAGCGUACGACGAGAACAUCCACUAUCCUCUCCUUGUCACCCUGACCAAAGGACCUCAACCGUCAAUCAAGCUCAUUAAAAUGAACUAAGUUAGCUCUUUGCUAUACAUGAUACUCCAUUUUACUGUUUGCUUUGUUUUAUUGCGAUACGGUAUGAUUUAACCAUCAGCCAUAUGCUGAACAACUCCUUUCAGUCCAGAAACCGGUCACUCAGCUACGUCGGCUCUGACCCGUUGAUGUGCUAGUUAAGAAGUUUAAUAGUCUGUUAUUGGUUACCUGACAUUACAAGGCUCUAUGACUCCUGCUAAUACAUUUGAAACUACAUCCGUUCAGUCAGUUUUGCUCUUCAUCAGGUCCUCCUUACAGUAGAUUACAUGACAGUUUUUUUUUUUUUUUUUACACGUCAGGUAUUCAUUUGUGUUUUUUUCACCCCCCCCAGUUGAAACCAGUCACUGUUACCCCACGCUGCUCACUGUGUUUCUGGGCUCAGCGUGGAGGACGGCUUUAACCCACCGUCCGUCACAGUGUGGAGCAAUUUACAGCUUCCUCCAUUUCCACCUUUAAUUUCUCUGAAAACGUCUCAUUCAUCCCAGUCAGGGGUCAGUACAAAGAACUUAAUUUGUGCAUUUCUUACGGCAGCGCAGUGCAUUAACACAAUUAAGGCACAUUGAGAUGAAAAGAGCAUCUGUUGCUGCAGGAGACAGAUUUAGUUUAGUUCCUCUAGUUUGACUGCAAUUAAGACACGUAAUCCCCAGUAUGCACACUAUGAAUACACAUCCUUAUUAUAUUAUGUUUAACUUGAUAAAUCUCUGUUGGCAUUUUGAUGAAAGGCAAGAGCUGAUUUUAAUUAUUUUACCAUCAUCUGUAAUUUCCCUCUUCAGUUCCAGUUUGACUUGCUGAAACGCAGUCAAUGAAUCUUUACACCCGAUUUAUUGUUUCAAAAAGUUGUUAUUUUUAAGAGGACUGUGCCUAGAGAAUAUUCAUUGAACUCUGUUGUACUUGCAUUUAUUGACCCAAUACUGUGGAAAAGAAAAUGAUGUAUUUUUGUGUACGUGUAUAUGGCGUAGAUGUCGUUUUAGAGCUUUUUCUAAAUGCGGAGGACGACAAAAAGCUUCUUUUGGCCUGGUUUUGGUGGGAGCCACAUUUAUUGCCGCUCAUGGUAAAGAUGAAUUUAAAAAAAAAACGUACAAAUUAAUUAUUAUUGUGGUAGUGUAAUCUCACACUGGAAAAGGUUUUGUUUCUGGUGUUACUCCAGAAAUUAGUAAAGUAUUACUUUAAAUAGCAGCUCCAGUUACAUUUCUUUCACAAGGAUUUCAAGGGAUGCUAAUAUUUGCCGACCAAUGACUUUGUCAGUAUUCUUUAGUAUAGGAAUCUUCCUCCUUUGAAUUAAUGUAAUCAAAAUAAAAGUUGGGUUUUUAAAAAUUUUAGUGCAAGAUCAGGUGAAUUAAAUAUAAGGGGAAUUUAUUUCAAGGCCUUUUGCCCAUCUUUACCAAGUAGCAAUAAAUGUUGCUGGCAUGUUUGCGAGGAGGCAGAAGCUCCUUUGUAAAAAAUAAAAAGAAAAAAAAAAGAAUAAUAACACAUCAAAUCACUCACCAGAGAACAAAGUUUGCAAAAAGUAAAAUCCAUCAGAUUCAUCCGUUAUCUGCCUGUGACCGUGGGGACUUCCACGACCUGCAGCUGCUUUCGCAGAAUGUCUGCAUGUUCAGGGUUUCCAGAGAACGUGGAAACUUUCAGUUGCUGGAGAACAAUCAUCAGGAGUAUGAAACUGGUAAUCCCGUGUUCCUCCUGGGUUCGAACGUGAACGGUUUUGUACCUUUUAUUCCUUAAAUCACUCAUAACCUUACAAAUGUUUGCUUCUUCAGUUUAUCCAGUCAAACGUGUCGCGUUUUUUUUAUCAACUAACUGUUCUCAGGUCUUUUUCUCAUACACCAUCCGGCUUCCUGUUUCGUGUAUGGUGAAGAAUACAGCAGGCGUGAAGGUGUCAGUUGCAGCUAGCGACGCGUUUCCAUAUUACACUGUGAUCCACUGGUGUACACAACAGCCAAGAAGCUAUGCAGUACCUCCCAGCGGUUGCUGUUUACAUUUCUCAUGAGAUAAUCAGCCGCAGAAACUAAAGGUAAAAUAGAGGGAAGUUGUAAAAGUGUUUCUCACUGUUUUGAUGAUUAAAAAUGAACUGCAAAAAAAAAAAAAAAGGUUGGAAAGGUUAAAGUGUUUAAUCACACUUUUUUUGUAUUUGUAGUGUGAUUUGCUGCUCUUUUGUUUGUUGUUGUGCUUAGAGUAAAACAUGAAUAUUCUACUUCCACUGUGACUGUACUCAGAUACACCGUCGCUUUUUAACACAGCAACAACAGUUUGAAUGCUGGCAAAAACUGACAACACUUUAGCAUGCGAUACGUUUCAGGUUGCGACAUCGCCUGUCUCUCUUAAUGUGUUAACAAACCAUUAUAAAAAUUAGCUUCUUAAGUAUUGUUCUCUGCUAAAAAGACUAAUAUGGUGUGGUUACCAUUAUUUGAAUAGUAUUAUUAAUAGAGUUGGCGUGAAAAAAUGAAUACAUGCUUAGUAUUAAACACACAGGAGAAUGACAGUCAGUCAUUCCUCUUUCAACAUAGGAAUGUUCACUCACAGUGGCUUUUCUUUGCUCAGAUUCACAUCAGUUUUAAGCUUUCUAAUUUAAAUCUACCUUAAAACAUAGAGGUACAAGAAAAAAAAUACAGAAUUUCAGUAAAAAUCAGUCUGUACAAGAAAGGCAUGGACUGGUUUCUGGUUAUAAAAUAUUCCAAGAUUUUAACAAUUCCAGUUUAAUGUUGUGUACACAAUCUAAAAGUGGUAGAUUGAUUUUUAGCUAAAUGAAUCGAAAGACAAGGCAAAGUUCCCUACCGUUUCAGCCACUUCGAGCAUCCGGUAUGCCGAGCUGAGUGAAUCUUCAUCAGCGCAGACAGACAGAAUAUCUGCAUGAGAUAUCAUUAGAUUAAAUAUCUUUUAUCAUGCAGUUAUUGCUAUGUUAUUAGCAGAGGGGAAACCUGGGGGCCCUCUUUAGGGGUCGAACACAUUUUUAAAGUAUUUUUCAAAUUUACCUAAUAAUAAUCAAAUACAACUAUCCAGUGUCCUUUGAUUACAGCCAGUUUUAUCAGAUCUGCUCUGUUACUGGGCACAUGAAGGACUGGAUCAGCUCAGUGAAUGGGAACACCUCUAGAUGUUUACAGUAGUUAUUGCAAUACUAACCCUAUGGAAGAUCUGUCAUGAAUGAUUGGAAAAUUAACCAUUUGUAUCAUUCCUCUAAGCAGGUGGGUUUUGUAAUCGGAACAUUUAUGACCCACUAUAAGGACCGCCAAUCAGUCAUCCACGCUGAGGCUGGAUGUUUUUGCGGUAUCUGAGGGGCUGCUAGCUGCUGUGUUCAGAACCGUUUGCUACAGUUUGUACAAUGUAGCAGUGGCGGUUUACAUCGUGCCUGUGAGUUACUACGCUCAUGCACCUGAAUUUUUGGACAUAUCCCUAGAAAUUCUCAGGAGCCUGGCUUAGCCUAAUGUCUGCAACAUUAGCAGAUAUACGUAAAGAAGCAAUGCUGGGAUGAAAUCCAAUUAAAUUAGAAUAUCUUUAAAUGCCAUAGAAAGGGAAGGGAAAUAUACAAUAGUUUCACAGAGACGGAAGAUUUCAACCUUGAUCCUCAGACUAUAGAUCUUAUCGAUUUGAAUUUUUAAGCCGAAUUACUGUCGACAAACUGAGCUGUGUUUUCUUGCCUAUGUGCAUCAAAAUCAAUACAAAAGUAUUCAUGUUGUUUUAGCUAUAAAAAAAUAAUACUUGAUAUAAACUUAGCAGCAGUAGAAAUACAACUGGUAUAUCUUGUUUAUUUGUUUGUUAUUGUUAUUAUUGAAUGAUGUACCAGCACAUACCUGAUACAUGAUCAUUAGACAUCUGAAACUGAUCUGAAAUGUCCGUUCUAUCUGAGCAAAAAAUGCUGAAUAAAAUGUGCUGUUUAUUGUUGCGUAGAAUUUUUUGGCCUCAUUGAUACAGUGAAAAAAGACAGAAACGUGGGCAUUUAAACCAAACACUGAUAUAUCCAUUGUCAGUUUGUUCACAGAGGCACAUGAAGAGUGUUUGCUUUGCUGUAACACAAGUUUUUUUUUUGGAUGUUCAUAUUGUUUUUGAAUAAAUAAAAUAUUUUUUCUUCACUA